CAGACGGCAUCCUGACGACAUCUUACGACUGGACGGUGACAGCACACCCUCACCACGGCACCAUUAUUAGAUGCAUUAACGACCAGACCAACGCCCCACGGGCUCACAAGGUACAACCCUACAUACACACAGCACGACACGCAGAGGGCUACCCUCGCGGACGCAACGCCUUCACAACGCUGACCGACCACAGCACACAAG